GGAGCAGCAGGAGCAGUGAGGAGCAGCAGGAGCAGUGAGGAGCAGCAGCAGGAUGUCCCGCAGGCGGUCGGACCCCCGCAGCGGGCUCCUGACUGAGACUCAGACCCCGAUCAGCAGCGAACCUCUGGAGAACCUGUAUGAGGUCACCGGGGAGCUGGGCAGGGGGAAGUUUGCGGUGGUGCGGCGCUGCGUGGAGAAAAGUUCUGGGAAAGUUUUCGCCGCCAAGUUCCUGCGGAAGAGGAGGCGGGGCCGGGACUGCCGGGCCGAGCUGAUCCAUGAGAUGGCGGUUCUGGAGCUGACCCGGAACAACCCGCGGGUCGUCAACCUGUACGGCGCCCACGAGACGGACCACGACCUGGUCCUGCUUCUAGAAUAUCCGAGGAGGUUCCAGCUCCUCCAGAGGAGGUCUCAGCUCCUCCACAGGAGGUUCCUGCUCAUACAGAGGAGGUGCCUGCUCCUCCACAGGAGGUUCCAGCACGCGUUCUACCGGGAUGUUGACGUCAGACCCAGAAUGGGCUCGGUAGACGGUUCUGGUUCUGCCUGCAGGGACCGGCCCAGCGCCGCAGAGUGCCUGACCCACCCCUGGCUGUGGCAGCAGCAGCUGUGCCUGACCCCGGAGCUCGGCCCGGUCCGACCCGCCCGGGAGAGGAGCUGCGGCGCCAAGUGGGCGGCGCCGCAGGAGGACAAGGAGAACUUCCUGGACUCGACCCGUUCCCAGGCCAAGAGGUUCCGUCCAGAUGAGGAGGCGUCUGCGGACGGGGAGGCGGCUCGGCCUCCUCCUCUCAGCUUUUAAAUCCUUUCAGCUUCCAGAACUUUCUGACCCGCUUCACUGAUGGACUCGGACCCGUUUGGUUCUGGAGGAAGGCUGGUUUCCAGCCCCUAUCUAUGCAGUUUAGUUCUAUGCCUUAAAGCGGGUCUGCAGCAGGAACAGGAAGGUUCCUCUGACCCGGCAGAACCGACCCGGACCGUAGCUCAGGGCUUCAGUAGAACCGGUUCUGAUGAUCGUAGAGCAGCUCGGUUCCUCGGUAGCACUUAGUCCAGAACCAGAGGCUGGUUCUGACCCGACCCGGUUCUGCUACUUUUUAUUGUUAUUAUUUAUGUUCUUGCUGUUUGUUUUUAUUGGAGCAACGAGCUCAGCGGGCCGAACGGAACCAGGAAGGCCCGAAGGGUCCAAGAUGGAGGAAGGAGGUCAGGAAGGAAACAGGAAGUAGGAAGGAUUUGGACCCAGAGUCUGACGUUCAGGAAGGAGCAGAGGAAGGUGGAGAAAGUUCUGGAAGGUUUGAGGAGCGACCCGAUCAAACAGAACUGCUCAGCGGUGGGACAAUGUGGGCUUUGUGAGGACGGAGCGGUCCGUCCGGCGCCGC